CUUCGUUCCUAAACGCCACCUGGUGACCAGAUUUAUAGUCAGUCACCAGCAAAAUGGCGCUCAAGGCACAAGUCGGUCAGAAGAUUAUGAAUGAAGUCAUCAAACAAAAGAAACCGGGAACUGGUGGCCAAUGGCGAAUUUUGGUGGUCGAUCAACUGGCUAUGAGGAUGGUGUCAGCGUGCUGCAAGAUGCACGAUAUUAGCGCGCAAGGCAUCACCUUGGUAGAAGACAUCAACAAGAAACGGGAACCUCUGCCAACGAUGGAGGCGAUUUAUCUGAUUACACCCUGCAAUCCCUCCAUCCAAAAAUUGAUCGAAGACUUCAACAAUCCGACUAGGACCACUUACAAGGUUGCCCACGUUUACUUCACGGAAGUGUGUCCGGAGGAGCUGUUCAAUGAACUCUGCAAGUCUCUCGCCGCUAAAAAGAUCAAAACCCUGAAAGAGAUCAACAUCGCUUUCCUGCCUUACGAGUCGCAGGUUUUCUCUCUGGACUCGCGUGAAACGUUUGCUUGCUUUUAUAAUCCUUCCUUUGCCAACUUGAGAACAGCCAAUAUGGAAAGAAUAGCUGAACAAAUCGCAACACUUUGUGCUACUCUUGGAGAAUAUCCAUCAGUCAGAUACCGAAGCGAUUUUGACCGAAAUGUGGAACUGGCGCACAUGGUGCAACAAAAGUUAGAUGCUUACAAAGCAGACGAGCCGACAAUGGGUGAGGGGCCUGAGAAAGCUCGUUCUCAGUUACUUAUCCUAGACAGAGGAUUUGAUUGUGUUUCACCAUUAUUACAUGAAUUGACACUACAAUCUAUGGCAUAUGAUCUGUUAGACAUUGAAAAUGAUGUUUACAGAUUUGAAGCAUCAGCCGGCGUACAGAAAGAAGUAUUAUUGGAUGAAAAUGACGAUCUAUGGGUAGAUCUUAGACACGAGCAUAUUGCCGUAGUUUCACAGAAUGUUACUAAAAAUUUGAAGAAAUUCACAGAGUCUAAAAGAAUGCCGCAAGGAGAUAAACAAAGUAUGAGGGACCUAUCACAAAUGAUAAAAAAAAUGCCGCAGUACCAGAAGGAAUUGAGUAAAUAUGCCACGCAUUUACAAUUAGCCGAAGAUUGUAUGAAACGUUAUCAAGGAAAUGUAGAUAAACUGUGUAAGGUAGAACAAGAUUUAGCUAUGGGUACUGAUGCCGAAGGAGAACGUAUCAAGGAUCAGAUGAAAAAUAUUACUCCGAUCUUACUCGACCAAAACAUAAAUCAUUUAGACAAAUUACGAAUUAUUGCGUUAUAUGUCAUUAGUAAAAAUGGUAUUACCGAUGAAAAUCUUAAUCGCCUAGUUAAUCAUGCGCAAAUAAGUCAGGAUGACAAACAAACCAUAAUAAACAUAGCAAACCUUGGUCUCAACAUUGUUGUAGACGGAAGUAAUCGUAAGAAAGUGUAUGUCAUGCCGCGUAAAGAAAGAAUAUCGGAGCAAACUUAUCAGAUGAGUCGUUGGACACCGCUUAUGAAAGAUAUUAUGGAAGAAGCUAUUGAGGACAAGCUUGAUCCUAAACACUUCCCAUUUUUAGCAGGACGUGCGGCAAGUUCGGGAUAUCAUGCACCAACCAGUGCAAGAUAUGGACACUGGCACAAGGAUAAGGGAUCACAAACUAUUAAGAACGUACCGCGAUUAAUCGUAUUCGUCGUUGGUGGUGUAUGCUUUUCCGAAAUACGGUGCGCCUAUGAAGUUACAAAUGCUAUGAAAAAUUGGGAAGUUAUAAUUGGUUCUUCGCAUAUAAUUACACCAAAAUCGUUCUUAGAGGAUCUAAGCAAACUUCACGUAUAAGGGGCCACGUGUGUUGUAAAGAAAAUAAAGGCACAUUCCCGCAUUCCUAACAUGCCAUUAGCUUUGGCUCCGUCAGUAAUAGCAAUUACACGAAAUUCAAUGAACGAUCUCAAUUUAAAGUAUAAAAUAUAAAGUAAGGAAAAAACACAGUCAAUUGUUUAAGUCGCAUAGUUAGCUGGCCUCAAAUUGAAGAGAAACAUUGGUGAAUGUCAUAUCAUAAAUAUUUGGCUGAAAUGUGAAUAGCGCCAGAAUGAAUAAGAUGUUCAGUGUCAAAUGCCUGCGCGGAUGAAAAAAAUAUAUGAAGUUGAUUAAACUUAUUGGCAAUACUGAUAUAAAUCGCACGGAGGUGCUUAAUGGUAACUUAGGUACGCGAAUGAUAUAGCUCCAGAUAUCAUAUGUUAUUCUAUGUCAUAUUACCACCUUGUUAAUAAUAAGUGAUACGUUAGGAAUGAAAUUUAAUGUACCGUAGUGGAAAACCGUGAUAUUCGUGUAAAUUGCUCGCUACUGAUAUUUCAUUUUAUUACGGCCCAUAAACGACCGACUGUUCUACUAUUAUACAGUGUUUAGUGCUCGAUUUCGAUCUCGAUAUCGGCAUUGUCUCUUCAAUUGACGUAAUGAUUUGUAUCAUAACACAGAUUCGUGUACGGCUUACUCAUAUUAAUUUCAGUUAAAUAUAUGAUUUUAAAUGAGUAUAUAUAUAUAAAAUAAUAUAUACUUAUUUAUUUCACGAACGUUUAAAUGAUAGAUGUACAUUUCGUUAUUUAUAAUAAUUUUGUUAUGUCGACUUGUUGCUAUACAAUUGUAUUUACGUAGCACUAAAAUACAUAUAGGACGCAACUCAUAUCUUAUGUUAAAGUGCGCAUUUACAUCAAUAUGAAAAAUGUCCAACUACUAAAGACUUAUACUUGUUAAAUGUGAAGUAAAAUCUUUGUUGAUAAGUACUUACGUGUUGAAACUUCUGCUGCACGCGGAAAACAAGAUCGUAGAUCUCUUUCGAUCAGUGGAAGUUAGCCUGUUAAUGAUCGUAACAAUUAUUCAUCGUACGUUAUUUAAAUGCGAUUAUUUGGCGGCGAAAUUAUUAAAAAGUUUACAGUAUUUAUUAUUAUAUUUAAUAUAUGAAUAUAUAUAUAUAUAUGUAUGUAGAUUGUAGUUCAAAGAAAAUGUUCUGCUUAUAAAGGCCUACAGUUUGCUUCAA